AGGACAGCAGCGAGCAGCUGAGGGAGCAGGGAGGAAAGGAGGCCGGCCCAGGGGGCUGGCAGCUUGCUGGCUCCUGCUCACCACCUCGGGCAGCGCCUGCCUGCCCCAGCCCACAUCCUUCUUUCACCCCAGGGCCCCCAAACACCCUUCCCAGACCAGCCAGCAUCCUUCUUCUGCUCUGAGGGAGGCGGCAGCAGGAAUAGCCCAAUACCCCAGUCUGUCAGUACCCUCGUGACCUCCUGGGAAGCGGUCUGAUUCUUCUCCUACCCCUCAGUCCACUUAGCCACGCGGCCUCUCAGUUACACUCAGAGGGACCAGAUGAGCCACUGAGGAUCCAGGGCAGCAAAGGGUCCUUCUCAACCUCCCACUGGGCUCUGCUCUCCACUUCUGCCCAGAACACUCGCCAUGGGGAUACCCCCCAGGAGGAAGUCACACCUGCUGCUGUUGGUGGCUGUGGUCCUUGUCUCUUCUCCAGCUUGGAGCUCAGCCCGGGGAUCCCCAGCCACCUUUGGGCCUGUCUUUGAAGACCAGCCCCUCAGUCUGCUAUUCCCAGAGGAAUCCACAGAGGAGAAGGUGACAUUGGCGUGCCAUGCCCGGGCCAGCCCUCCUGCCACCUAUAGGUGGAAGAUGAAUGGCACUGAGAUGAAGCUGGAGCCAGGUUCCCGCCACCAGCUGGUGGGGGGCAACUUGGUCAUCAUAAACCCCACCAAAGGACAGGACGCUGGCGUCUACCAGUGCCUGGCUUCUAACCCAGUGGGCACCAUUAUCAGCAGAGAGGCUGUCCUGCGCUUCGGCUUUCUGCAGGAAUUCUCCAAGGAGGAACGAGACCCAGUGAAAACCCAUGAAGGUUGGGGGGUGAUGUUGCCCUGUAACCCACCUGCCCACUACCCAGGCCUGUCCUACCGCUGGCUCCUCAACGAGUUCCCCAACUUCAUCCCUACGGAUGGGCGUCACUUCGUGUCCCAGACCACAGGAAACCUGUACAUUGCCCGGACCAAUGCCUCAGACCUGGGCAACUACUCCUGCCUGGCUACCAGCCACAUGGACUUCUCCACCAAGAGCGUCUUCAGCAAGUUUGCUCAGCUCAACCUGGCUGCUGAAGAUCCCAGGCUCUUUGCGCCCAGCAUCAAGGCCCGGUUCCCAGCAGAGACAUAUGCGCUGGUGGGACAGCAGGUCACCCUGGAGUGCUUUGCCUUUGGGAACCCCGUCCCCAGAAUCAGGUGGAGCAAGGUGGAUGGCUCCUUGUCCCCUCAGUGGGCCACAGCCGGGCCCACCCUGCACAUCCCCAACGUCAGUUUCGAGGACGAGGGCACCUAUGAGUGUGAGGCGGAGAACUCCAGGGGCCGAGACAGUGUCAUGGGCCGCAUCAUCGUGCAGGCCCAGCCGGAAUGGCUCAAGGUAAUCUCGGACAUGGAAGCUGACAUCGGUUCCAGCCUGCGUUGGGGUUGCGCUGCCGCCGGCAAACCCCGGCCCACAGUGCGCUGGCUGCGGAACGGGGAGCCGCUGGCCCCCCAGACCCGGGUAGAGGUGCUGGCCGGGGACCUGCGAUUCUCCAAGCUGAGCCUGGAGGACUCAGGCAUGUACCAGUGUGUGGCAGAGAACAAGCAUGGCACCAUCUACGCCAGUGCCGAGCUGGCCGUUCAAGCACUGGCUCCCGACUUCAGGCUGAAUCCUGUAAGGCGUCUGAUCCCUGCAGCCCGAGGGGGAGAAGUCAUUAUCCCCUGUCAGCCCCGGGCAGCUCCAAAGGCUGUGGUGCUCUGGAGCAAAGGCACUGAGAUUUUGGUCAACAGCAGCAGAGUGACUGUCACUCCAGAUGGCACCUUGAUCAUAAGAAACAUCAGUCGGUCAGAUGAAGGCAAAUACACCUGCUUUGCUGAGAAUUUCAUGGGCAAAGCCAACAGCACUGGCAUCUUGUCUGUGCGAGAUGCAACUAAGAUCACUCUAGCUCCCUCGAGCGCUGACAUCAACUUGGGAGACAACCUGACUCUGCAGUGCCAUGCCUCCCACGACCCCACCAUGGACCUCACCUUCAUCUGGACCCUGGAUGACCUCCCCAUUGACUCCGAUAAGCCUGGGGGCCACUACCGGAGGGCCAGUGUGAAGGAGACAGUUGGGGAUCUGACCAUCCUGAAUGCCCAGCUGCGCCACGGCGGCAAGUACAUGUGCACGGCUCAGACAGUGGUGGACAGUGCAUCCAAGGAGGCCACAGUCCUGGUCCGAGGUCCACCAGGUCCCCCGGGAGGUGUGGUGGUGAGGGACAUUGGCGACACCACUGUCCAGCUCAGCUGGAGCCGUGGCUUCGACAACCACAGCCCCAUUGCCAAAUACACCCUGCAAGCUCGCACUCCACCUGCAGGGAAGUGGAAGCAAGUUCGGACCAGUAAGUAUCCCGCCAACAUCGAGGGCAAUGCAGAGACCGCCCAAGUGCUGGGCCUCACACCCUGGAUGGACUAUGAGUUCCGGGUCACAGCCAGCAACAUCCUGGGCACUGGGGAGCCCAGUGGGCCCUCCAGCAAAAUCCGGACCAAGGAAGCAGCCCCCUCAGUGGCACCCUCAGGACUCAGCGGAGGUGGUGGAGCCCCGGGAGAGCUCAUCGUCAACUGGACGCCCAUGUCACGGGAGUACCAGCACGGAGACGGCUUCGGCUACCUGCUGUCCUUCCGCAGGCAGGGCAGCACGAGCUGGCAGACGGCCCGAGUGCCCGGCGCCGACGCCCAGCACUUCGUCUACAGCAAUGAGAGUGUCCGGCCCUACACGCCCUUUGAAGUCAAGAUCCGCAGCUACAACCACCGUGGGAAUGGGCCCGAGAGUCUCACUGCGCUCGUGUACUCAGCUGAGGAGGAGCCCAGGGUGGCCCCUACCAAUGUCUGGGCCAAGGGGGUCUCAUCUUCAGAGAUGAACGUGACCUGGGAACCUGUGCAACAGGACAUGAAUGGGAUUCUCCUGGGGUACGAGAUCCGCUACUGGAAAGCUGGGGACAAAGAAGCGGCUGCUGACCGAGUGAGGACAGCAGGGCUGGACCCCAGUGCCCGAGUCACUGACCUGCACCCCAACACUAAGUACCACGUAACUGUACGAGCUUACAACCGGGCGGGCACUGGGCCUGCCAGCCCUUCCACCAAUGCCACGACCAUGAAGCCCCCUCCACGGCGACCUCCUGGCAAUAUCUCCUGGACUUUCUCGAGCUCCAGUCUUAGUAUUAAGUGGGACCCUGUGGUCCCUCUCCGAAAUGAGUCUGCAGUCACUGGCUAUAAGAUGCUGUACCAGGAUGACUUACACCCGACUCCCACGCUCCACCUCACCAGCAAGAAGGGGAUAGAAAUUGCAGUUCCCAAAGACAUCAGCUAUGCCCUGGUGCAGAUCCGGACCACAGGGCCUGGAGGGGACGGGACCCCAGCAGAAGUCCACAUCGUGAGGAAUGGAGGCACAAGCAUGAUGGUGGAGAACUCGGCAGUCUGCCCAGCCCCACGUUCGGGCACCACCCUCUCCCACUCGAUGGCGAUGCUGAUCCUCGUGGGCUACCUGGAGCUCUGAUCUCGGCGCCCCUCCCUCCGCCACAGCUGGACAGCCGCAUCCGAUGAACACAGCCCUGGGCCCUUCCCGAUGCCAAGGUGGCCCAACACUGCCUGAGAAUGGCUGGUUUUGAACACCCACUUUAGAUAAUGUCCUUUUGGUAGGAGGUAGGAUAUUUCAUAUUCUGCCACAGGAUAGAGCGAGGGUUUUUUUUCUUUAAAUCUAGAGACACGAGGAAGUAACUUCCAUGAUGAUACUGAACUCUAUGCCCUGGCCCUCUAGGGUGCCUGGAUGGGGAGAACAGGCCUACGGGAAGAAGGGGGUUUGAGACAUCUGUCUGCACAUCUGUGGAGAUGGUGCCUGGGGACCACAUAUAGACUCUGCCCCCUGGGAGCAGAACCCUAGGCCCAGCAGGAACACUGGCUGUGACUGGGCUGAAAGUGGGACGAAGUAUAAACACCAACAUCCCUCAGUCUAAGGAGAGGGCCAAACCCCAGGACCAAGAACCCACGGCUGGACGCUGAGAAUUGUCCCCCAUGGCUCCCUGGAGGCCUCUGCCACUUGCCCAGGUGGCUGAGAACCAGUGCCCUGAAGUCUGAGGCCAGGAGCCUGAGACCCUGCAACUUUGGGAGGUGGUCCUCCGGACUUCCAGGGGUCACGACUAACAAGGGUUGAGAGGCUGGGAACCUGGUGAAGAGGGGCACCAGACCUGGCCUGAUGUUGCCCUCUUAGCCAACACUGCCAACCCAACCAUGUCACCCAGAGUGACAGAAGCCACUACAGGUGGCUGAGUGACUAAAGGGCUUGUCUUGGGAAGGUCUCCCACCCCACCAAGACCCACCCUCCAUAAUCCUUUAGGGUUUGGGCAAGAGAGAGGAGACGGAGGUCACGUGCCCACCCUCUUCCUCCAGCUUGGCCUGCAGGUCCCAGGACUCCACUCUCCCAGCACUGAUUCAUUCGAGCCUGGGAAAGGAAUGCAGCAUUCAUUCUGUGUCUUGGAGUCGGGAGUCUUCUGAGAAGACAAGGGAUAAAUGUGGCACUGCCUGUUCCCAGGAAUACCCAGGACCACCUGACAAGACCCGUCCCCUGAGCUGCCUUGGACCGCUCUUUUGCAUUCCUCCAGAAGAAAAGGGGGUUAAUAAAUGGCACAUGCUAUCUUGUGCUCUGGGUAUAUUACCAGUCACAGAACAACGGAGCUGGAAGAGGCUUUAGAACUCUUGUCCAAGCCCCUCACUUUACAGAUGAGGAAACGGAGGUCGACAGGGUUAGGGACUUCCUAAGGUCACACAGAGUGUGACAGGGCUGGAAUAAGAAGUCAAGUCUCCAGGCUGCUUGUCUGUCUAGAGGAAGGGGUCAGGGCUGAAUGGCUACGGCCCGGUUAAGGUGGUGGUUAUGGAGGGCAGUGGGCUAUGAAAAUUCUACUUCAAGGUUUUUGGUGGGUGACCAUGGGGUGAGCAACCUGGCCUGGGCAGGUUCUAGGAGACAUCAGUCCUUUGCCUUCGAGCCCAGUUUCUGCUGGGACCUCAAUGUGCAGUGCUGGCUCGAAGCCCCUGUUCCUCUCACCCUUGCUCCAAGAAGAGCCCAAAACAAGGGCAGGGAUUCCCCAAAUCCAGGUAGCAGUGGCAGCACAACCAGGAACCCCCAAUUUCUACGCUGACAAGUGGCCCUUGAUAUCCAGGAGCAGCGGGACGGCAUCUGGUGGGGACCGGCCCCCUGAGCCUGGUUUCUGUAGUUUACAGUUAAGAGCUCUAUUUUGCUAUGGUUUUUAAGACGUUUACAUCCUGCUCUAUUUUCCUGGGCAGGUUUAUGUUGAUGUUUUUACCCACUACAAUUUUUUUUUUUUUAAAUGGAAGCUCACACCCCUUCUCCCUGCCACUAAUGCACCCACCACCCCGUCCCAGCCCAGGACUGCCUCCCUGGAGCCAUCAGUUACACCCUCCUUACCUGCUCCGUUCCAUUCUCCCCCUGUAAGGUGCUGGGAGCUCAGCUAUGCUACCAUUCUCCCAUUACAGGGACCCCAAACUUGGCCUAGCAUCCAUGUUGGCCCAGCACCAUCAGAAAGGGGAAGCUCAAAAUAAGAAACUCUUCCAAGUUUUGGCUGAUUUUGUAUUCACUGCCUUGGGCUGCAGCAUGGGAGCAGGGGCUGGUUGCCUAGGUGCUGGACUGAGAAGGCUGAGCUGGUUUGGCACAGUACCUACCAGUGCAGCUGGAGGCUACAGUCCCUAAGCUGGCUUGAGGCAAAAGACACAACCAAGUGUCUUAAUUCUAAUGAGGCCCAUUAGCAAAGGGGAGGAAAGCAAGCGUGCUGGGAAGCCAAGGAGUGUUUUGUAACUAGAAAAACUCAGCCCCAGGAAAACUUAACCACAGUGCUAGUAGGACUAGUUCAGGGGAUGAAGAACUGAACUAAAAUGGUGUCCUGGCAGCCUAAGACUUCAGGUAGAGCUCAGGUUUAAUAAGACAGUAGGUGACCUGAAGACAUGCAAGCUUGUAAAAUGGAAUAGCUUCUUGUUGGGGUGGCUUGUACAGGAGCUUGUAUGGAGGCAGAAGAGAUUAGAUGGCUUCUCAGUCCCUUCCUGCCCAAGGGGCCUCUGAUUUUCAUCUUCUCUUGGGAAGGGCUGAGGCAGCUCUUGAGUGGGGCUCACCCCUGCUAUGAUCAUGACUGGAUUCUGAAUCUCUCCCCUCUCCCUGCAAGCCCGAGAGGCAGCAAGGACAGACACAAACAAGUGCUCUACCCCACAGCUUAGUGGCCAGUAAGUGCCUUGAGGCCUAGGGGCAGAGACCACCUGCAGACACCACUUCGGGGCUGGGGAGACAGUCUCUCCAUUCUGGGUAUACUUGGGCUCAGCCUGCAGGGCUCUUGACAUGGCCCGGCUGCCUGGUCCUCGCACUCUUAACAGGCCUGAUGUAUAUACCUCGUCUUCAGGGAGGGCAGCUCUCUCCAGAUGGAGUCUCGGAGCCAGCAAGGUCAGGCUGUCUACUUUCAUUCAGGCCAUCAAAUGAUACAGAUGGUGCCAGGGAAUACGAAGGCCAUAAAGGAGGUGGGGGUGCUUUUUCUUUGAUAAAAUAAAGAGACUGACGUUAGAUCUCAGAAAAACUUCUGCAGUGGGACCUUGGAAUAGUAAAACCCUUCUUCCUUUUUUAGGGGCCUUUGAGGAGUUUUGAUAGCUGUUGCUAUGGGGUCUAGGUUAGGUGAAGAUUGGAGGGGUAGAGAGAUGCUGUAGCUGUCCUUCCAGGGCUGAGAUACUUAGAAUCAAAAGGUGCUGAGCAUAGGCAGCGUGUUGGAGCGUCUACCGGCUGUGGGCCUGCAGCGCAGUCCAUAAGGGAGAAGACUCACCCAGGCAGUCUUUUCCCAGCAUACACUGCCUCUUGGCAAUCCCAGGGUCCAUCCAGUCUGUGCUCUGGACAAGAAGACUCCAAGGUGGCUAAGGAUGUUUUACUCCCUUCAUCUCUUUCCCAGCUAGAGGACUUUUCCUGGUCUCAGAAUGUGACUCCGACUAGGCUCCUGUGUGUCAUAGGGACACACUCAAACCUGGGCUGAGGCCCAGGGUGGCGCCCUAUUUCCCUGGGUCGGCCUAACCUGGGCUUCAUCCUGGGGAUGAACAGGGCUGCUAGAAGCAACUGGAGUGGCAUGAGGAAUUAAAUGGGCAUUUUUAAAGGACUUCAAAAAACUCCACGGGAAAAGGUGCCUGGUAGCUGUAUAUAUAUGGUCAUAGGCUUUGGGAAGGUAGGACAAUAGAGGGAAACUGGAGAGAAAAAAAAUGGGUCUGGUAGCUUUGCCGAGAGCUCCAGGAAGUGUAGUGCCCUCAGUUGGGGUGAACCCUGCCUUGGCCCCCGGCCUCAAACUCACCUACCCCAUCCAGGGCCUGCAGAGCUUAGAAAAUCUCCCAGCUGGGCAAGGCCUGGGGCUUCAUCAGACCACUGACUUGACUGGGUUUUCUUCAGAUGGAAUCACUCCCACUAGCCUAUUGUGUCUCUCUUGUACUUCUUGUAAUGAUAGUUAUCAACUCUGGUAGCAGGCAGUUCUUAAAUAAAGAUGGUUUCUCA